AGGUUGGAAGAGAUCGUCAAUAACCAACGCGAAGGUAGAAAAGAUACCUGGAGGCAAAAUCAAACUCGGAAAUGUGUUCAUCAUCCGUGGAAAACACACAACUGAUAGCAAACAAUGGGUGUUUAACCUCAUGGGCUCUGGAAAAGACAUUGCUCUACACUUCAACGGGCGACCUAAACAGAAGAAAAUCGUACUGAACUCCUUCAGGGAGGAAAGUGGGAGAAGGAGAUGUUCCUUGACUGGCCUGGUCUUAAAGAGGGACAGAGCUUCGUUAUCGUUAUCACAGUCCUUUACAACGGCUACAAGUUCACCAUCAACAAGGUCGAACCUAAACUCAUCUUCCCACAUCGUAUCCAGUACAAGAAUGUCAUGAGGAUCGCCUUUGGUGGGCCUGCUGGAACUUGGACUUCUAUCACUAGAAGUUGUCUGCGACAAAACGUUAACUUCAGUGGAGGCGACAUCACCAGUUUCCGCACCAAGAACAAGAACUUGGAUGAGUGUGUUACCCGCUGUAAGAAGCACCCAGCCUGUGUUGCAUUUACCUACCACAAGAGUAACGGACACUGCUGGCUCAAGAACGGCGGUUACAGACACGCUACCCGCGACAACAAUCUCAUAUCUGGAACCAAGUUCUGCUACAUCACUGACGGUAAGACACCCCUGAUGGGAGGAGGAAACAUGAUCCUACUCUCUUACAACAAGGGAGCAACCCAGAUCGACGACUACAAUAAGGGCUCGCAGGCUGGUGCUGCUGUGGAUGGCAACACCGAUGGAUACUGGAACCAACAUUCUGUUCAGCACACGAAAUCACACAAAAACGUGUGGUGGCAGGUGGACCUAGAAGACAACUACAACAUCAACUUCGUCGUGAUCCACAACAGGAUGGACUGUUGUCAGAACAGAAUAGACGGAGCUGAAGUGUUCGUAGCCAACUACCGCUGUGGACGAGUCUUCUACAUUCCCGGCAGAAACAUCUACUAUAUCCCCUGUAACGGAGCUACCGGCAGAACGGUUAAGAUCACCCUGGCCAACAACUACCUUCACAUGGCUGAGGUCCAAGUGUUUGGAGGUGCUGGAAGCAUCAAGGGUAUAGGUCUACUAUCCUACCAGAAGCCUGCUUACAUGUCUUCCGUUGCUCACGGUGGGAAACCUGAGAGAGCUGUGGACGGUAAUUCUAACGGGUGGUGGAGUAGAAGUACCAGCAUCCACACUGACGGUAAGAAGAACGACUGGUGGGUGGAUUUAGAGGGAAUGUUCCCUGUCUACACUGUCAUUAUACACAACAGAUGGGAUCUCUGCUGCGUGGACCGUAUUAACGGAGCUAAGGUUUACGUGGAUGACCAGCUGUGUGGUACUGUUAAGUGGUUGAAGGAUGUGAGGAGCUACCCUAUCAAUUGUGGGGGACGCAAAGGAAAGAUCGUUAAGAUAAGCCACACUAAGAUCCUGAACAUCGCUGAAGUCGAGGUUCUGGGAACUGGAGGCCCAACUCAGUUCGGUCCUAUGCUCGGAUCUGGAAACGUGAAGCUACUCUCAUUGAGACGACCCACUAAACAGUCGAACACUGGCUGGAGUGGAGUGUCAGCCAGAGCUGUUGACGGUUUCGUCGACGGUCACUGGAACAGAGGAACAACAAGCAGCACAGGAAGAGCCACGGACAGCUGGUGGGAAGUAGAACUGGAGAAAGAAAGUCACGUUAACUUAGUGCUGGUUUACAGCCGUCAAGACGGCGGCGGAGCUACAACUAGAUACAUUAACGGAGCCAAGGUUUGGGUCGGAGACGGUAAUCCCAAACAUUGGCACCUGUGCGGAACAAUAUUCUACAGAGACAAGAAGUCUGUGUACCCUAUCUCUUGUGAGGGAACAUCUGGAACCUACGUUAGGAUUACUAACGCUAAGGGUUAUCUCCAGCUCUCAGAAGUUCAAGUAUUUGGAGGAGCAACUUCCGUCAGCGGACUGAACUGGCUGUCACUGAACCAGAUGACAAAACAGAGCAGCACGGCUCACGGGGGUGUCUCUAAACGUGCCGUGGACGGUAACGCAGACCCUAGAUGGGGAGCAGGAAGCAUGACCCACACUCAGACCAAGGACAUGAACUGGUGGAAGGUUGAUCUGGGUAAGAAAUACCCGGUACAUCUUAUCCUGGUGCACCACAGACGGGACAGUGUGAGCUAUAGCAAACGUAUCAACCGUGCCAAGGUGUAUCUGGACACACAUCUGUGUGGAACUAUUAUCUACAUCCCCAACGUAGUGGUUUACCCCGUUAACUGUGGCGGUGUGACCGGUAGGGUGGUGAAGAUUGUGGUGAGCAAGCAGCCACUUCAUCUAGCUGAGGUUAUGGUUUAUGGUGUUGGACAGCCGUUCGGUGGUAACGGUGGAGUCUGGGCUCAACAAACUGGAGUCUUAAAGCAGAGUUCAGUAAAACUGAACCAGAUAUACACUCUACCUGGAGAAGAACUGAAACUGGGAGACCGGAUCAUCAUCCGUGGAACGCACACUAGCAACACCAAACAGUGGGCUAUCAACUUCUGGGACAACACUGGUAAAAACAUCGUACUACACUUUAAUGGACGACCAGCACAGAAAAUCAUAGUUAUAAACGCUCAGAUAAGCGGUAAAUGGGGAGUUGAGAAGAGGUUCCCCUGGCCUGAGAUUUAUGUCGGGCAGACACUUGUAGUGGUGGUAUACGUCGCCAAGAGCGGAUAUGAGAUUCAGAUUCCUGGGCCUGGCGAAACAAUAAGAGGAGAAUACAAGUUCCCUUACAGAAUACCCUACGAAAAGGUCAACACCGUCAACUUCCACGGACCCUCUGGAACUUGGACCUCCUUCUCAAGAGGUUGUAUCCGAGACAAUGUCGAUUUCAAUGGAGGCGACCUUCGUUCAUUUGUCACCAAGAACAAAGACAUUGACGAAUGCAAAAAAGCGUGUAUGGCCAACAAGAACUGUGUGGCAUUCACCAUGAACAAGAACAAUGGAAGAUGCUACAUAAAGCACACAGGUCACCGAGAAGCCAGCUACAGCAAUGGUCUCAUGACAGGAGUCAAACAGUGCUACAUUGGAGGAGGUCCCGCGCCCAGAUUUGGAGCAGGUAACUUCAGACUGCUCUCAAACAGAAUGCAGACCUCUCAGUCCACUACAGGGUGGGGUCGUCGUGCUUCAAGGGCUGUAGACGGUAACACUGACGGAAAUAACAAUAGGCACUCUGUAACCAGCACUCAAACCAACAAAAACAACUGGUGGAAGGUGAAACUCGGUACAACUUACAACAUUAACUUGAUCAUUGUCUACGGCAACAUUCAGAGCCCUGAACGCAUCAAUGGAGCUCAGAUCUACGCUGGAACCACCUACUGCGGAACAAUUUACUACAAACACGCACAAUACACCUACGUGGUACCCUGUCAAGGGGCAUCAGCAAAGUUCGUGAAGAUUGUACAACCCAACAACUUCCUAGCCAUAGCUGAGGUGGAAGUUUGGGGAGGUCCUAAACCAGUGAUCGGCAUGGGUCUCCUGUCUUACAGGAUGCCAACUGCACGAAGUUCUGUGGGAUGGGGUGGACAGUCAGAUCGAGCAGUCGAUGGUAACACUAACGGCUGGUGGAGCACUGGCACAUCAUACCACUCCCAACACAACAAGAACAAUUGGUGGUCCGUUGAUCUCGGAGACAAAUACCCUGUCUACAUGAUCCUGGUCCAUAAUAGAUGGGACAAAUGCUGCGAGAAACGAAUCAAUGGAGCCAAGGUGUACUUGGACUACGAUCCCAAAACCAAGAGAGGAAAACACCUCUGUGGCACUAUCAACUUCCAGCCUGGAUUCCAAGUGUUCCCUGUUAACUGUGACGGUCAUACCGGACAGAAGGUGUUCAUCGUCAACGAUCAUGAUUACCUGCAGCUUGCAGAGGUCGAAGUGUUCGGAAAGGGUGGUCUCUCGGUACAAAGUUCGGGAGGAGGACAGUUUAUUUUGCUCUCUCAACGAAUGCCUACUCAGCAAUCCAGCACUGGAUGGGGCAGAACUCCCGCCAAGGCCGUGGACGGCAACCCCAAUGGAAUGUGGAGCGCCGGAACAACCAGCUCGGAUGGCAAACCCAACGCUAAGAACAAGUGGUGGAAGGUUGAUCUGGGAACGGAGCACUACAUAAACUUGGUGGUUGUGUACAGUAGGACGGACGAAUGCUGCGCUAAGUGGAUUGACAAGGCUGAGGUGUGGGCUGAUAAGACCAAGUGUGGAACCAUUAAAUACGUGCACAAACGCGCCCUGUACCCAACGGGUUGUAACGGUGCUAAAGCACGCUACGUAUGGGUAAAACACCCGGCAACGAAACACCUGCAGCUGGCAGAGGUCCAAGUGUUCGGAGGGAUGAAGCCUAUGAAGAACAUUUCUCUGCUGUCUCUAGGUCAGAACACCAAGGGAACCUCAAACUAUCCUGGUAGCAAGUCUAAAUGGGUAGUGGACGGGGAUGUGAUGGGAUACUGGGGAAGACGUCGCAUAUUCGUGUCUCGUGUACGAGGCACACCAUCCAAACCUCAGGAGCUCACAGUGGACAUCAGUCAGAUCCAGAGCAUCUACCUUGUUCUCGUCAACAUCCGGCAGGACAGAUGUUGCAGUGGUAGGUCUCAGGGUAUGAAGGUGUACGCAGGAAAGAAACUCUGUGGACACGUCAACUUCGUUAAAAACCAAGAUACCUAUCCAGUUAACUGCCAGGGAAGCAAGGCUAGAGUUAUAAAAUUGGUGAAUAACCGAGAAUAUUUGGAAGUUGCAGAGGUACAAGUUUACGGUUCAGGCAAACCUGUUCGAAGAUCUACUGGAAUGUCUUUCGCCGACACGAUGUAUUACGAGCAAAUAGGAGGAUUCGAAUGGCAGUACAAGACCAACGCCAGACUGACAGGAAGCCCAUUAACAAACACUGUCUAUGACAACAGGGAGAAGGCCAUCUUGACUUGUACUCGUACCGCGGCUUGUAAGGGGGUCUCCCAAAUAAAUAAAAAGGAGUACAUACUGGCUCGCUCAAUCCACACAAAGACCCAUCCUGGCAUGAGACUCUGGAUGAAGAGAGGAAAGAGCAAGAUUAGUGUGGGUUACACUUGGUCAACCUUCACCAAAACAGUCAGCACCUCUCCAGCAGUCAACUCCGAUACCUUCCCUACCAGGGAUACCGCUCUUGCUGAUUGCGUGAAACACGAAAGCUGCAAGGCGGUGAGCUUUGACGGGUUCUUCUGGUCCCUGAGAUCAGGAAUAGACACAAAACCGAACAACAAAGGAGAAGUGUGGCAGAAGAGCUACAAACUGACAACCUACGACGGUUACUACUACCAACCACUGGCAGGGUUUACCUACGGAUGGCUCAGCACUACAAUCUACCCUGACUACUACCAGGCCUUCAGGGUCUGCUCAGGAGAUAGCAGCUGCACUGGGGUCACUAAGAUAGGAACCAACAAAUACCGCCUCAACGGUGGCAAGCAGCUCAUAAGACAGCCUAGUUACACUCUUUACAAACGAGAAGGUCUGAUGCCCACGGAGUACAGCUUGUUCUACGGAGGUUACGGCUGGAAGGCGUACAGUCCGUACGAGUUGCCCGGAAGACUUGACAACACGGUGUACAGCUCCAGAGAUACUGCAUUUGAUGCUUGUAUUCAGAACCCCAAAUGUGUUGGUUUCACUCAAUACUCCAUCACCAAAUACUUCCUCAGUGGAAAUCCUACUAAGAAACCAUCUGGAGGCAAAAUAGCAUACCUGAAGGGUACCCAGGGCAAGGAGAUCGGAGGUUACAUUUAUGAAGAGCACUUCGACCACAUCCUAACUGAUAUUCUUGGUGCACAGAUGAAAAUUACUGGUCAAUGGAAGAACCUCAACACCGAUAAGAUGGUUCAGAUUGACACGGGUUCCAGAGGAACUUGGGCUGUCAAUAAGGCUGGUAAGAUUUACAACUGGAACAACGGCUGGAAGGUGGUCAGUGGCUCACUGACUCACAUUAGCAGUGGUAAAUCUGUCUGGGGAGUCAAUAAGAAUGAUGACAUCUUCAGAUACCGCGGAAACAACAAGUGGACCCACGUUCCGGGCAAACUUGUGAACGUUGAUGUGAGCGAAGAGGGCCAUGUUUGGGGAGUAAAUAGACAAAGCCAAGUGUUCAGAUGGCUCGGUAGUACCUGGGAGAGGGUAGAUGAUGUUCCUCAAGGAGCUUACCAGAUCACAGUGGGUUACUCGGGAGUGUGGUGUAUCAACAAAAAACGUCUAGUCUACUACAGAGUAGGAACCUACAACGACCUCAACUCUAAGGGAUCCAAGUGGAAACGUGUCGACGGAACUAUGAUGUCGAUUUCAUCUGGACGCAACUUUGUGGUUGGUGCUCAUAACGGAGAUGGGCGCAUCUUCUAUAGAAGCGGUGUGUCCGCCUACAACCCCACAGGAGUCAAGUGGACAGUGUCGACUAGGAGGUUCACGCAGAUCAGUGUCGGAGGAAUGGUGGUCGUUGGUGUCCAAAAAGGAAAUCAACAAACCUUCGUAAGUCCGCUUAACUAUCAUGGACCAGCCACCGCGUUCGCUGACAAGGAGGAAGCUAUGAGCGCCUGUGCAGGCCGCAGCUAUUGCAAUGGAGUCGUAUACCGAUACCACAAUAACCCCACCGGACAGUACUUCCUGGCUAGUAAGGAAUCCAAAUUGGGUCGCACUGGCAACCACGAAAUAGCUUACCCCAAGAUCGGGGAAUCAACUAGUUACGGAGGAUAUUACUGGAUAUCUGUGUUAUACGUUGUAGGACAGCAAUACGACAACAUUGCAUACACGUCCCUAAACGUUGCAAGAUCAAGUGUCUUGCGAGUACAACUUGUGGCGGAGUAUCGGAGAUUGACGGCAAGUUCUACACAAACAAUGGAUACGGAGUUACAACCGGUGCAGAAGGAACUAAGCUCUACACGAAGAAUGGAGCAGUGAUUGUGGAGAAGGAAGUCACAGUGGCUUAUGGGGAUUUCUCAUGGGAGAGAUUAGACAACUGGCGUUACAAACACAGAUACUCUAACCGUCCUUACAUCUCUGAAGCACAAGCCUUCCAGGCUUGCUCUGGAUUUGAAAAAUGUACAGGAUUCCACCAAGAGGGACCAACAAGGUUCUUCCUAGGAUCCGGUCACGACAUGAUCCCUCGGGCCAACACUCACAGUUACC